AUGUCGGGCGUCGGCGCGGUUUUGCUGCUGUUCCGCCGGGGGCUGUUCUUUUGCUGCGCGCCCCCGCAGGUGGACCGCCUGGCCGACCAGCUGGAGCUCGAGCGCGGCCGCCACGCGGCGCAGCUGGCCUCGGAGCGGGAGCGCUGGGAGACCGAGCGGGAGCAGCAGGCCGGCGCCCUCGGCGGCACGCUCCAGCGGCAGCUGGAGCGGGUGGAGCAGGAGCUUCAGCGGGAGGCGCAGGCCAGGGAGUUCUGGCAGCAGGAGUGCGCCGCCAUCGAGGAGAAGCGGGACAUCCUCGAGGCGAAGCUCGCCGGCGCCCUGCUCACCAGCGAGGCCCACGGCUGCAUCCACUGCGGCACGCCCUGCGCACGGUGCUUGCCCUCGACAGCGCCGCCACAGACCCCGGCGCCGCCGGAGCCCCCGCGCUCCGAGUACGGGCGCCCGGCGGAGGGCCUGCAGGGGCCGGUGGAGGCGGUGCGGGACGAGGACGACGAGGACUUCCGCGCCAGAAGCGACCCCGCGGGGGCGGCCUCCCCCGGCGGCUGCCUGCGGCUCCUGGCCGCCAGCCCCGACGAGGACGCGGAGGCGGUGGCCGAGGUGGAGCUGCGCCUGGCGCAGCUUCCCGAGGAGCCGCGCGCACGGGUGCACGGCAUCGUUGUAGCCAUCGCGCAGAAGAUCCGAGGCUUCCUGGGAAGCCAGGGCGGCUCCGAGAAGGCCCUUGCCUUCUACCAGUUCUUACCGGAGCAAGGCUUCUUCACCAACAGGAUAGGCGACAAGCACUGGAUGCGCAAUGCGAAAAAUAGAAAGACCGCGGCGUCCACGGAGAUGUUCCUUGUACGCCAAGGCGCGGCGCUAGACGCCCCAGCGCCGGACGUCGCCGAGGCGGUCGCGGAGGAGGAGGGCGACAUUCGGGAUCAGGGCGCGCAGCGCCCGAGCAUUCGCAACGGGGCGCUGGCCGAGACGCAGGCGGGGGCGGGGCAGACGGAGCAGGCCGCGCUGAUUUGGGGAACGACGAGGGCGGCAGGUGCAACGUUCUUUUGGCUGCUCACGCGCUGCGUGAUCAACGUGGCCCUCACAUCUGGCUUCGGCGUGGUGCUGCUGACUUGCUGCCAUUUCAUAGACUGCAUGUACUUCGGCUUCCCCAACGGCAGUGCAUCCAACGUCACGGCGGAGCCUGCAGGUUUUAUUGGGAUUGCAUUCACUUACUUCCUGCGGACGCCAUGGCAGACUACUGCGGUUUACCGCGCGAUGUCUUUCAGAGCUCGCAGCACCGCCAGGGGUUUAGGCGGGCUUUUCUUCGUGACCAGACUCGUCCAGAACGACGUGCCUACCCUGGCGCUGACCAUGUGGGCCUACGCGCGCACGCGAGGGCAUGCAUUUCUGAGCAGAGCAGGACUGUGCCGCAAGAGCGAUCACAUCAUGCCCGAUGGAGCUUUCGACGGGCACUGCGUGCAAUGCGAGUUUGACAGGCAGUUCGACACAUGCGCGGAGGCGGACGACCACCUCCCCGUCAUUGCGAGGUGCACAGCUACGAUGACCAGAACGGCAGGUGAGAAGCCCGUCGUCAAUGCAAGCUGCGGCGAGUGUACCCAGGUACGCAUGGCACACCGGGGCGACGGUCCCUACGGUGGCCUCAUGGAGAAGACGCCAAGUGAUUGGGAGAUUGAGGAUAGUGGAGGCAUCGCAAGUUCUUUGGGCGCCAUCGCUCCAGACCUGGCGAAGGCCUUGGCGGCGGUGCUGUCGCUCGGCGGCGCGCCGGCCGCGACGGCCGCGGCCGUGCGCGCGACGGGGACCCUCCAGCGCGCGCCCCCUGCCUCGGGGGCCGAGUGCGGUCGGCAACGGUCGCGGCCGAUCCUGCCGGUGUUUCCGUGGGCGCCGCUCUGCUUGCAGAAAGGCGUGCAAGACAAGAGCGGCCACGCCUGGACAGUCCUGGGCGCCACCGUCUAG